AUGGACUUUGUUAAGACGCUGUGCUCCGGUUGGGAGCUUUGGAGACCCGCUCUUUUGCAUGAGAUUUGCAUAUCGCUGCUCAACCGCGAAGAAGCGGACAGUUUUUUAGUGCUGCAAUAUUAUUUGCGGAAGAUUGAUUCGCAUACUUAUGAUGAUUUUUUUUUUAUGCGGAUGCUGCACGAAGCUAAUUGCGAACUUUCCAAUGAAUUACUCAAAUGGCUUCUUCGUAGUGGAGUCUCCGUUCUGCUAACCGCGUUUCAGGAAGUCUGGCAGGUGUAUAUGGCUGAGCUACAUCGGUCGUCGGAGGCCUCUAUCAUGCGCGAGUACAACCCCCCCUCUAGAGGCGUUUUAACCAUUGAGACGCUUCACCGUGCACACGACACUCAGCAUGCCUUUUGGCGUUUUUCCUUCACUCCAGAAAGAUUCUACUGCUUUUUUCCUUCAGAGGACUUGCCCCUACGUGUCAAGCGCACCGAGGCUCAACCGCUCUCCUCUAACAUGCCCGCCCCCUCCACCCUAACCUUCUGCCACUUUGAAUAUUUCCGCGAGAAUCUUCAGACGUUGGAGCUCGUUUUACGGCAGAAAAUUCCAGCGCCCCACCCCACCAAUCAGCAUAUAUUUAAUUUCUUUUCUGAACAAGUCAGCAAAUGGAGCAAACUUGUCCUCGUAGAUUUGACAAAGCAGCGGUAUUCGAUUUCUCCGCAAGACUCAGCCGUUCUGGUCGAUCUAUUUCGCUCCGCUUCACUUUUAGCAGAGGCCAAUGAACAUCUUUUAUUCCUCUUGAAAGUCUGUAGUUUUAGUGACAACUUCCUGCUCGGCCUCGAGCUUUUGGGCACCACUACACUUUCCAAAACUCAACAAGAAGAAUGUUUAAGAGAAGUGCUUACUUUCAACUGGAAAAACUUAACUUCUGAGCACGUGAACGCAUUGCUUAAUAUAAGCGCGAACUUCGAGAAUGUCCCGAAUGAACAAUUAACAAAGUUAGCUGCCGUAUAUAUCGAACAUUUGGUGUCACAGGGGCAAUUGCCCUUGCCCGAUAGCCUUUCCGCCCUUGUGCAUUUAGUCCAUAUAAUAAGCGAGCGCUUUGCUGCCCUUGUCCCUCCAACACACUUUUUUCAACUCCUUGUGCUUGUCUUAGAGUGGGGCACUCCGGCGCAGCGACAACUUAUGAUCAAAAUAACUCUUCUCUACUACCAUCUUCCCGUGGAAGCAGUUUUGCUCAAUAUGCUUCCUGAUUUUCUCACGUCUAAUCGGCUUCUUAUGAUAUACCAAAAGAACCAACUCGUUUGGGACACGGCACUUGUUAACCGGUUGCUUUACUGCGACUAUCUCCAUUCUCCCAUAUCGAAGGCUAUAGAAACUUUCUCUUGGUUUAGCACGCAUGAGCUAAAACCAGACAGCACUUCAUAUUCUUUUCUUCUGCUUUGCUAUGGAAAAGCACACCUCUUCUCAGACGCUCUCUACCUUUUAAAAGAGAUGCGUACGCGUGGCUUCUGCCCUAAUGAGGCUUCCGCUCAGCUUUUAUUCCGCAAGCUGCUGGCCCAGCGGCCCCCAUUGGACACGUCUCCGCCUUCCAACAGUUUCCUUAAGGAACUCAAUAAAUGGCACCUAUGGCAGCAGCGUGUCCAUGUGUUCGUCCAGACUCUUUUGCUUUUCCCGCUGGCGUCCCUUUCCGUUAUAAUGGCCUCAUAUUUUGAUUGUACUCUCAAUAGUGGUCCUAAAGAUUCGGAUAUAAUACGCCUUUCAUUGGCCCUAAAAAGUUAUUCACAGCACACUAAAACCAAUGAGACGGCUUUAAAAUACUGCUACUAUACUUUGUUGUAUAGCUUGCUUAGACUUGAAUUCAAAAAAACUUCAAUACAAACUAUUUUACGAGAAUAUUUACUGCUGGACUCGCGGCCGCCGCUAGAACUGCUGCUGUUCUACUUCAAUAGUUCUUUUCAUCUCGGCGAUGCCUCGACUUUAGGAUUGGUAUACUUGAGCUUGAGAAAGAAUUAUAAAGAAGAGGCUACUCUUUUGCAAGAAAUUUUUUUAGAAAGGAUGAAACAAUUUAAAAGAGAGUUACACUAA